GGGCGGGGCCGCGGGCCUGGGGAGCCGCCGCCGCCGCCGCCGCCGCCUCCGCCUCGGCCGCGAAGUGAUGUAGGAGCCGCCAGGCCGUCCCCCGUCCCGCCCGGCCUGAGCCCCGUGGGCCGCCGCCGCCGUCGCCAUGAAGAAGCAGUUCAACCGCAUGAAGCAGCUGGCCAACCAGACCGUGGGCAGAGCCGAGAAAACAGAAGUCCUCAGUGAAGAUCUGUUACAGAUCGAGCGGCGCUUGGACACAGUGCGCUCCAUGUGUCACCAUUCCCACAAGCGCCUGGUGGCCUGCUUCCAGGGGCAGCACGGCACCGAUGCCGAGAGGAGACACAAAAAACUCCCUGUGACAGCUCUCGCUCAGAAUAUGCAAGAAGCAUCAACUCAGCUAGAAGACUCUCUCCUGGGGAAGAUGCUGGAGACGUGUGGAGAUGCUGAGAAUCAGCUGGCUCUGGAACUCUCUCAGCAUGAAGUCUUUGUCGAGAAGGAGAUUGUGGACCCUCUGUACGGCAUAGCAGAGGUAGAGAUUCCUAACAUCCAGAAACAGAGGAAGCAGCUCGCCAGAUUGGUUUUAGACUGGGACUCGGUCAGAGCCAGAUGGAACCAGGCUCACAAAUCUUCAGGAACCAACUUUCAGGGGCUUCCAUCAAAAAUAGAUACCCUAAAGGAAGAGAUGGAUGAAGCUGGAAAUAAAGUAGAACAGUGCAAGGAUCAACUUGCAGCGGAUAUGUACAAUUUUAUGGCCAAAGAAGGGGAGUAUGGCAAAUUUUUUGUUACGUUAUUAGAAGCUCAAGCAGAUUACCAUAGAAAAGCAUUAGCAGUCUUAGAAAAGGCCCUUCCCGAAUUGCGAGCCCAUCAAGAUAAGUGGGCAGAGAAGCCCGCCUUCGGGACGCCUUUGGAAGAACACCUGAAGCGGAGCGGGCGUGAGAUCGCGCUGCCCCUCGAGGCCUGCGUCAUGCUGCUCCUGGAGACGGGCAUGAAGGAGGAGGGCCUUUUCCGAAUUGGGGCUGGGGCCUCCAAGUUAAAGAAACUGAAAGCUGCUUUAGACUGUUCUACUUCUCACCUGGAUGAGUUCUACUCAGACCCCCAUGCUGUAGCAGGUGCUUUAAAGUCCUAUUUACGGGAACUGCCUGAACCUUUGAUGACUUUUAAUUUGUAUGAAGAAUGGACACAAGUUGCAAGUGUACAAGAUCAAGACAAAAAACUUCAGGAUUUAUGGAGAACAUGUCAGAAGUUGCCACCACAAAAUUUUGUUAACUUUAGGUAUUUAAUCAAGUUCCUUGCAAAGCUUGCUCAGACCAGUGACAUUAAUAAAAUGACUCCCAGCAACAUUGCAAUCGUGUUAGGCCCUAACUUGUUAUGGGCCAAAAAUGAAGGAACGCUAGCUGAAAUGGCAGCGGCCACAUCCGUCCACGUGGUUGCUGUCAUUGAACCCAUCAUUCAGCAUGCCAACUGGUUCUUCCCCGAAGAGGUGGAAUUUAAUGUAUCAGAAGCAUUCGUACCUCUCACCACCCCAAAUUCCAAUCACUCAUCCCACACUGGAAAUGACCCUGUCGACUCGGGGACCCUGGAGAGGAAGCGGCCUGCCAGCAUGGCGGUGAUGGAGGGGGACCUGGUGAAGAAGGAGAGCUUUGGUGUGAAGCUUAUGGACUUCCAGGCUCACCGGCGGGGUGGCACCCUAAAUAGAAAGCACAUAUCCCCUGCUUUCCAGCCACCACUCCCGCCCACAGAUGGCAGCACCUUGGCUCCAGCGGGCCCAGAGCCCCCUCCCCAGAGCUCUAGGGCCGAAAGCAGCACAGGGGGUGGGGCUGUCCCCUCCUCUGCGGGCAUACUGGAGCAGGGGCCCAGCCCGGGCGACAGCAGUCCUCCAAAGCCCAAGGAUCCUGCGGCUGCACCUGCACCCGGGAGAAACAGCAGUCAGGCGGCCCCCGGCCAAAGCCAGGCCCAGGCCACUGCCGGCUCCCAUCAGCUCUCUGUGGGCCCUACGCACAAUUCCGCCGGCCCGAGCCCUCACACGGUGCGCCGAGCUGUUAAAAAACCUGCUCCAGCACCCCCGAAACCUGGAAACCCGCCUCCUGGCCAUCCCGGGGGCCAGAGUUCUCCAGGAGCAUCUCAGCAUCCACCCAGCCUGUCACCAAAGCCGUCCACCCGAAGCCCUUCUCCCCCAACUCAGCCGCCCGGCCAGGCCCCAGGCCAGACCUGCGCCACCUCGCAGCUCUCCGCACCCCGGAGAUACUCCAGCAGCCUGCCUCCGAUCCAAGCCCCCAGCCACCCGCCGCCGCAGCCCCCCACGCAGGCCACACCGCCGCCAGCGCUCACCAAGCCAGGCAGCCAGGGCCCGCCGGCCCCCGGGGCCCUGCCCGGUGAGCCCGGACUCGAGCCGUCCUCCCACACCCCUCCCCAGACGCCGACGCCCCCCAGCACUCCGCCCCUAGGAAAACAGAACCCCGGCCAGGUGGUGAGUAACCCCGAGACCGCGCAGCCACACGCUGGAACCUUGCCGAGACCGAGACCAGUACCAAAGCCGAGGAACCGGCCCAGCGUGCCCCCACCCCCUCAUCCUCCUGGCGCCCACCCCGCCGGGGAUGGCAGCCUCAGCAUCGCAGCUCCCACCUCCUCCAAAAUAGUCACGGAUGCCCUUCCUAGCGCCCUCACAGGUGGGGAAGGUUUCCAGGACUAAGGUCUGUAACCCCCCCAAGCAGCUUCCUGCAGCUCCAAAUGCUCCUGCUUAGCGGUGUUUCGCAUACAUGCUUUUGACUUUGUGCUCAGGAGCAGCCAUCUGACCCCCUGCCAUCCAUUCUCUAGACAUCACUUUUGUUUUUGUCAGAAGCACUUUGAGCUGCAAAUGCUUCGAAUUCAAGAGGUAGAUGUCAGUAGAUUGCAAGCCCGAUUUCAAGCCGCUCAGAUAAGAUACUAAGAAAUGUCUCCUUUCUUUUUGGUAAGCCUUUCACAAGCAUUCUGCUCUUUUCAGCGUGAUUUCCCUCUCAUUGAUUGGCUCAUCAGCAUCCAUCCAAAGAGGCCUCGGGUGCAGUUAGCACGGAAAAUUGCGUCCCUUGUGUCUUGAGCUUUAAGUUUUAAUUUUAUCUCUUAAGUGCAAGUUAACUGCAUGGAGCUUCUUAAUUUGGUGUUUGAAUUUCUCAGGACCCGCCCCCCCCCAAAAAAAAUCUUCCUCCAAAGAUCCCACACUAAAUUUCUUUGCAUUCUGGCAUGCUUACAUUUUGCUUUCUUAAACCAUAUGAGCUUUUUGAGAGGUACUGUGAGGCUCAUCUGAAUCUUGCCUUUAGGUCCACACUUAGAGGGAAUAAGGCUCUCGUUACUGCUCUAAUUAGCUGAUCUGAGCCUUGAGCCUUCAGUGGACUCUACUUAGCCGGCGUUUCCACAUCUUUGGUCUGAGGAAGACUUUCUAUAGAUACCAGAAGGGGAAAACAAGAAUGCAAUCUUUACAGCACAGAGGAGGGCACAGAGGCGUGUUCCGCCUUCCUGACUCCUAGGUGAUGAACCCAAAAGCCUGUGGUUGCCCAGUCGGGUGUGAAAAUCACAGAGUGAAGUGACUAAACCCUAAUUAAGGCUGAGCCUUUUAACACUUCAAUCCUUGUGACACAUCAGAAUUUUAUUCCCAGAUCUUCCCUUUUAUUUAGAUGAAAGACUACAGACCAGAAUUAUGUCUGCUCUUUAAUACCAUGUUUACCUGGGGUGUACUUAUUUCAGAAGCUUAUUUUAUUGAUCUGCUAUAACACUGCAGUGCUGUGUACUUUGACAGUUGUCAGAUAAGUGAAAUUUGAUAUUAGAAAUACUUUUCCUUAGGAUAUUAGCUAAAUAUUUUAAAACCAAUCUGCACUUCGAAUUCUCCUAACUCAAGAAAUUACAGGCCACCACCAUUAUCUUUGUAUUACAGAAUUAAUUUUUAAUUUCUUAAAAUCCCCUGGAUUGCCAUUAGGAGUACACAAAAGGCCAGCGUUUGGAAUUUAUGAAUAUGCUUGUGUUGUUCAUGCUGCUCUUAAGCAAUCUUGGAUAUAGCCAUUGGGUAUUUCAAGAAGAAAAAAAUGUAACUUCCCUAGACAGGUAGUCCUUUAUUGUGACAUCAUGUUUUCACUUGGAAAACUCUAGACAGACAAAUUCCUGAGAACAGGUUAUUCAUUCAGAGCAUUUAAUCUUAAAAAUUGAAUUAAGGCCUGGGGAUUAAGAGAAACUCUUGGGGGUGAUUACUGCUGCUAAACAGGUUGGACAGCCAAUUUGUGGCAGCUCAACACCAGCACCGGAGAAAGGAGGGAUUCUGCUGUCAUUUUGAAUCUCUUCCUAUUUUGUUACUCUAGAAAGCAGUAGGAAAAAGAAAGAAAGAAAGAAAAAGAAAGCAGUAGGAGUUUAGCUUUGCAAGGAAAAGAGUUCACAUCUUGCUGUUUUUAAAGUCAUAGAUUUUAGCCAAGAGUGUUCUAAUUUAACAUUUUAUUAAAUAAUUUAGAUGUAUGACCUGCCAUAUUCAGUAGGAACUGAAAUUGGAAUAUUUAAUGGUAAGGAAAAGGCACCUGAUUGGCCAAAGCAUUUUUGCUACUUGCUGAUCAUAUUUGUGCACUAAUGCCUGAUAUUAACCGGUCACUCUAACCCUGCCUGCUUGCACCCCUCCUAAUAGUGCAUGUGGUAAAGGAAGCUGGCUUUGUUCAUGCUUGCCGCCAAGUACUCUGAAUACUAAGCGUGUUCACAGACAUGCAACACGUCAUCACCAGGCUGGCCUUGUUACCUCUUUAACUUCCAGUGUUUUCGGUACUGGGAAGGCUUGAGGGGUAGUGGAAAGAGCACGCACUAGAAUCAGACAAGCCUGAAUUAAAAUUUCAGCUCACUCUGUGUAACGAUGGCACGGCACAACCUGGCUGAUCUGUAAAAUGGUGACAUUUGUGAGAAUAACCUUCAAAGGGAUUACAGUAGAUAAAAUAAGAAAAGCAUCGUACGGUUCUUAAUAUGCAGGGGGUCUAAGUAAAUGGUAGCUAUUUAUUAUCAUUUUUAUGGAGAAAAAAAAAGAUAAUACAGAGUUAGGUAUUAGAUUCGUAUGUCACCAUUUUAAAAACUCAUGCCAGGACACAGACGCAGGAGGUCUGGAGCCCAGGCAUCCAUAUUUUGAUCCUGAUGUGCCACUUGGUGGUGGGUUAAAAAGACAGUGCUCUGGAGUAGAAAAUGUUCUUAAUUUAGUGAGGCUGAGAUUAAUUUAGUGAGUCAUUUGUCCACUGUAUGGUGGUAGAACGAGUCACAAUAGUGGUCAUCAGACACUUGGGACUUUGUUGGUUCUCAUAGCCUUUGCUUUUUAAAAUUAAACUCCUUUUAUAUCAUGAAAGUAAUGCUCUUUUUUUUUUUUUUUUGCGGUACGCGGGCCUCUCACUGUUGUGGCCU